AUGCUUGCUGCAAAACCAUUAUUUCCUAAUGCAAACCCUUCUAAGAUUCAUUUACCUCCUAUCAAUAGAAGUCGUCAACGAAGACUUCGACCUCCACCAACACCAUCCACUCCUUUAACGGCAGCUAGAGCUGCUCAAAUUGAUGAGAAUAUGUCAGCAUUAAAAGCUAAAUAUACUGAUUAUAUAACAUGGCUUAAAACAUCCUCUCAAAAUAAUCGUGAACCAGUAUUAACGCAAGAAUUAUUAAAACAUUCUCUUUGUCAAAUGGGUAUUGAUUCAGCUCAAGCUGAACAACUUGUAUCAAAAUGUUCAUGGUAUGUGUAUCAAUUUCAAAAAAAUCUUGACGUAGACCCUGAUCAAAAACAUCAUAUAAUAGAAAUAGAAAAUAGAAAACCAAAACAAUAUAAAAAUAAAUCAAAAAAACCAACAACAAUAAAAGACAAUGCCGAAGAUUCGACAAUAACCUUAACAUCAUUUGGCACAGAUGAUUCUUGUUCAUCGACUUCAUUUCCUCCAAUACGUAAUAAGCAUUCUAUAUUACCUGCAAUUAAUUCUUCUGGUUUAUCACCAUCUUCACGUUUACGACGUGUUGAUUUUGGUAGUGAGCAUGUUAAAAAUUCUGUGUCUAGUUCACCUUUAUCACGUUGGCAAUCAACUUUGACCAAAACACGAACUUCAACAAAACUUCAACCAUUAGUAACAGAAACAAACAAUAAUGACACAAAACCUCCAACUGAUUUUGAUCCAUCUUCUCAAAAACCUUUACGUCGACAUGGUUUAGUUGCUGGUCAUUUACGUUCAAUACUUCGUAAACAAACUAGCUCAUCGCAAUCAGUUACAUCAACAGAAGUUAGCAUUCGAAAAAUGCGUAGUCAAAUUUUAACUCCAUCAUCGACAGUCUUAGAUGAUAUACCAUUAGGAACACGAUCACAACUUUUAUUUGGUGGUAGUGAGUGUUUUGCUCAGAUAAUGAAUGAACUUGAACAACAGAAGAAGAAUAUGUAA